AUGGGUGAUCGAUCAAGCAACGUAUCUUUUACUGAAUUCCAGUUAAUUGGAUUCACAGACCUCAAAGGCUAUCGACCUCUUCUCUUCAUUCCUUUCUGCAUCAUUUUAGUGUUUUCAUUGCUUUCCAAUGGAAUUAUAAUGUUUGUCAUCGCAAAACACAGGAAGUUACAUGCACCCAUGUAUAUUCUUAUUGGUUUGAUCGCUACUUUGGGCUUUUUUGUUCCAAUUUAUUUUGUUCCAAGAAUGUUGGUCAGUUUUCUGUGGAAUCUGAACACCAUCACGCGACACGAGUGUUUGAUACAAAUGUUUUGCCUGCACUUUUCUGCCUGUUAUCAGUCCAGCAUCCUUCUUGGGAUGGCUGUGGACCGUUAUUUUGCUAUUGUUUUUCCUUUACGUUACAAUGACUUUGUGAAUUUUACAAACUCUGUUAUUUUCUCUGCUAUUCUCAGCAUUCGUAACGGUGUUAUUAUUGUUGCCAUGGUAGGUCUAGUUGUGCCACUUACGUUUUGUAAAACAAAUAUGAUUUACCACAGCUUCUGUGAACAUACAUCAGUUGUCAAUAUAGCUUGUAAUGAUAUUUCUAAAAACUAUUUGGCUCUUUCAAUAGCGUUUGGCAUACCGUCUUUUGACUGUUUCGUGAUAUUCUGCUCGUAUGUUAUUAUUUUCGUUGUUAUAUUUCGGUCUCCUUCAGGGGAGUCCCGCCAAAAAGCCAUUCACACAUGCACCACACACAUAAUGGGCAUAGCAGUAGCCUAUAUCAGUGUCCUUACUGCGUUUGUAGGGAAUAGGGCUAGUACAAUACCCCGAGAUGUCCGUAUCCUGACUAGUUCAAUGUAUCUUCUUGUACCUGGAAUCUUUAACCCUGUUAUCUAUGGUCUCAGAACCACAGAUAUUAGAACGCAUGUUGUUAAAUAUUUGAAAUGUAAUAAAAUUUCUACAUUUUGA